AGAGCUUGGAAGCAACAGCAACAUUCUGGGGCAACAGUAAUUUCUUUAUCUAAGCUACAGGAGCUUUUUGAAGCCACACCUGACAAUGUGCAACCCUCAUCACUGCAGCUUCAAAUCCCUUUUUCUGUUGAUGCUGUGUAGAUCAGUGCAAAUUUCUGAAGCUGAAGGAAAAGGUGAAAUUCUUCCUCCAACUAUACACAAAAUAAUAAAAGGAUACAACAAGUAUCUACGUCCGUUUUUUGAUAAUGGUCCUGUGUCAGUUGGAAUGAGUCUGGAUAUUGCAAGCAUUGAUACAAUAUCAGAAAUAAAUAUGGAUUACACAGCUACCAUAUUUCUAAGGCAGCGGUGGACUGAUGAGAGACUUUGUUUUGAUGGUAAUAAGAGUUUGAGUCUCGAUGGUCGACUUGUGGAAAUGCUUUGGGUACCGGAUACCUUCAUAGUUGAUUCAAAAAAGUCUUUUCUUCAUGAUAUCACUGUUGAAAACCGUCUUAUAAGAAUAUAUCCUAAUGGAACGGUCUUGUAUGCCAUACGGAUAACCACAACUGUUGCAUGCAGCAUGGAUUUGACCAAAUACCCAAUGGAUAAGCAGACAUGUACUCUGCAACUGGAAAGCUGGGGUUAUAACAUCAAUGAUGUCAUGUUUUACUGGACUAGAGGAAAUGAUUCAGUUCGAGGUUUGGACACACUCCGACUAGCCCAGUAUACAGUAGAGGACUACUUCACCUCAGUAUCUGAAGCUGUGUAUGAGACAGGGCGUUAUCCAAAACUAGUGUUUUAUUUUGAACUCAAGAGAAACAUCUUCUAUUUCAUACUAGAGACAUACGUACCAUCAAUCCUACUGGUUGUGCUCUCCUGGGUAUCAUUUUGGAUAAGUCAGUCGUCAGUUCCGGCCAGAAUCUGCAUAGGUGUCACCACAGUCCUUACUAUGACAACGCUUAUGAUGGGAGCCAGAACUUCACUCCCUAACGCUAAUUGCUUUAUUAAGGCAAUUGAUGUGUACCUUGGUAUCUGUUUUAGUUUCAUCUUUGGAGCGUUGCUGGAAUAUGCUGUGGCUCAUUUCUGCACUCUACAUCAACCCACUUUGAAGGAAUUUAAAAAGGAUGAGGAUGAAGAGGCUGAGGAAGAGAGGAAUGGAGUACUGGCAGCAGUUGCUAACAGUUGCAAUGUCACUGACAACAGGGACAAGAUUGAUUCAAACAAGAACAGCAAAGCCAGCAUCAGCGGGAAAAAGGAGAGAAGUAAACACAGUGGGUGGAGUUCACCAAUGUCAGUAAUGAAAAGACUUUUCUGUAUCUUUGAUUGUUUCCAUGUUAAAAAUCCCUACCACAUAGACAACUAUGCCAGAUUUUCUUUCCCAUUAUCGUUCAUCGUAAUAAAUGUAUUUUAUUGGGUAUAUUAUCUGUAUUUCUAA